CUUCAUGAAACUUCGUGUCAGUCCGUUGUUGCUGCUACACCAGUGCACGCUGCCUGCACUCUUCACACAGUCUUUUCUCCGCGAUAUAUUAUUAAUGAAAAUAAUGCACGGCAAUGAUGCUUUACCGCAUAUCUUGACUUUUAUUCUCUUUUGCGCUGGACUGAAGGCAACAUCAGCGCAAUCUUUCAUGUAUGAGACAGAUGUGGUUGUACCACAGGAGUUGCGGCAAGAGGAGGUACACCUGCUCCAGGGAGCCAAUAGGUGGAGCAGAGGUCGCAGACGACGUUUGGACCACCAGCAGGAAGGCCACCUGUUUCUGCGGCUGCCUGCUUUCAUAAAGGAACUGUAUUUGUUGCUCCAGAGAGAUGACUCUUUCCUCGCGGAGGGGUUUGUGACAGAGGAGAGGAGCAAGGAGGGGACCGUUCAGCACGAGCCGGUUUUAGGGGUCCACCGGUGUUUCUAUACUGGAUCUGUUCUCAAUCACACUGACUCUUUCGCCUCAUUGGACAUUUGUGGGGGACUGACCGGCCUGGUUCAGUUCGGAGAUGAAAGCCUGUUCAUCGAGCCAGUGGGUCAGGCUGUGGAUUCCUUCUCUGGCUGGGAACACCGAGUUAUCCGGCAAAAGCAUUAUUUCAUGGACAGUCCUGCUGCUGCUGCAAACACCAGCCCCAAAUUCUGCCAAACACUCCAAGACAAGAAAAAGCAAAAAAAGGCAAAAGGAGCAGAAGAGGCACGCGGCAGGAGAAACACCAUCAGGCUGAGCAGAGAAUACACAGUGGAGACAGUAGUGGUGGCAGAUGCAAACAUGGUGCAGUACCACGGUGCUGAGGCUGCACAACGCUUUCUGCUCACCGUCAUGAACAUGGUGUACAACAUGUUUCAGCACCAGAGUUUGGGUGUGAGGCUUAACAUCCGGGUCACCAAAUUGGUUCUCUUGCACACCCGUCCAGAAAAGCUGAAGGUGGGCCACCAUGGAGAAAAGGCCUUGGAGAGCUUCUGUCACUGGCAACAUGAGGAAUACGGUAGCCGAUUCCUGGGCAACAAUCACGUUCCUGGUAGCAGAGAUGACCCACCUCCUGUGGACGUAGCCGUACUGGUCACCAGAACAGAUUUUUGCGUCCACAAAGAUGAGCCUUGUGACACAGUCGGAAUCGCUUAUCUGGGUGGCACCUGCAGCUCUAAGAGGAAGUGUGUGCUGGCGGAGGACAAUGGUCUCAACUUGGCCUUCACCAUUGCUCAUGAGCUGGGCCACAACAUGGGCAUGAGCCACGACGAUGACCACACCAGCUGCACGGGUCACUCCCACAUCAUGUCUGGUGAAUGGGUCAAGGGUCGUAACCCCAGUGACCUUUCCUGGUCCACCUGCAGUCGUGACGACCUGGAAAAGUUCCUCAGAUCCAAGUCAAGUGCCUGUCUGCUGCAUACAGACCAACGUAACCGCUAUCUUGUUCGUCUACCAGCCAAACUCCCUGGGAUGCACUACAGUGUUGACGAACAGUGCCAGAUUCUUUUUGGAACCAAUGCAACCUUCUGCACUGAUAUGGAGCACCUAAUGUGUGCAGGACUUUGGUGUUUGGUGGAUGGGGACACGUCAUGUAAGACCAAACUGGAUCCACCACUAGAUGGCACAGAAUGUGGUGCUGACAAGUGGUGCAGGGCCGGUGAGUGUGUCAGUAAGACACCAAUUCCCCAGCAUGUGGAUGGAGACUGGAGUCUAUGGAGUGCAUGGAGCAUGUGCAGCCGAACAUGUGGCACAGGAGUGCGCUUCAGACAGAGGAAAUGUGACAACCCCCCGCCUGGUCCAGGAGGCAAGAACUGUCAGAAGGCCAGUGUGGAGCACAAAGUGUGCGAGGGACCACCAUGUUUGAAAGGUCUACCCACUUUUAGAGACCAGCAAUGUCAGUCACAUGACCGACAGGCCACCAAGAUGAAAAGGCAAAUGUGGACAGCUGUGAUCAAUGAUGAAAAGCCGUGCGCUUUGUACUGUACGCCAUUCGGCAGGGAAGCGCCAGUGCUAGUGGCAGAGCGUGUUCUGGAUGGAACGCUGUGUGGACCCUAUGAGAGUGACCUGUGUGUGAGCGGAAAGUGUCAGAAAAUAGGUUGUGACGGCAUUAUUGGUUCGUCUGCUAAAGAAGACUGGUGUGGUGUAUGCAAUGGUGAUGGCAAAUCCUGCAAGAUCAUCAAAGGAGACUUCCACCACUCCAAAGGGACGGUCCCCCGUAGCCAUUGUAAGAAGGUUUCUACGUGUGUGAUGUCGAAACCCAGAGCUGUUCUCAAGUGUUUCUCAUGUUACAUUGAGGCAGCUGUCAUUCCUGUGGGAGCUCGACGCAUCAAAGUUCUGGAGGACAAGCCGUCCCAUAGCUUUCUGGCCUUGAAGGACUCCAGCAAGCGAUCAAUAAACAAUGACUGGAAAAUCGAGCUGCCAGGGGAAUUUGAACUUGCUGGCACCACGGUUCGCUAUGUGAGAAAAGGACUUUGGGAAAAGAUGUCUGCCAAGGGACCCACUAAGACUCCACUUCACCUCAUGGUUCUUUUGUUCCACGAUCAGACGUAUGGGAUACACUAUGAGUACACUGUUGCCCUGAACCAGUCCCAAAAGAACAGCAGCGAGAUUGUUAAAGAACCAGAACACAUGUUUCUGUGGACUCACAGCAGCUGGGAGGACUGCAGUGUGCGAUGUGGCGGAGGAGAGAGAAGGACUGUGGUCUCGUGCAUGAGAAUCAUUAACAAGACCAUGACCAAAGUGAAUGACAGCUACUGUCAGGUGGAGAACAGACCCCCACCUCAAGUCCGCCCGUGCAACACCCACCCCUGCCAAUACAGGUGGGUAACUGCUGACUGGGGGCAGUGUUCAGUAACUUGUGGUAAAGGUCUGCAACAAAGGGAAGUUGGCUGUGUUUACCAACUGCAAAAUGGCACUUAUAUUCCCACCAGAGACCUGUACUGUCUCAGCUCCAAACCGGCCGAUGUACAGCUCUGUGAGGGUCGACACUGCCUCACUGUGUGGGAGGCCUCCGAGUGGUCCAAGUGUUCAUCUGAAUGUGGUCAAGGCAGCAGGAAACGGACAGUGACCUGCACGAAUCCUCUGGGUCUCUGUGAUCCCGCAUCUCGCCCUGCAGAGGUGGAGACCUGUGAGGAUCAUUCCAGAUGUUACGAGUGGAAGACUGGUGAAUGGUCCAAGUGCUCAUCAUCCUGUGGGCGGGGGUUGCAAUCCAGAGUGGUCCAAUGUAUGCACAAAGUGACAGGUCGUCAUGGCAGUGAUUGCCCUGGAGUUCUGAAACCCCCCGCAUACAGGCAGUGCCAUCAGGUGGCAUGUAAUGUAAAAGUCAACGUCAACACCAUCACCUCCCCUAGACUGGCUGCACUGACAUACAAGUGCACAGGGGAUCAGUGGGCGGUAUACUGCAGGGUGAUCCGAGAGAAGAACCUGUGCCAGGACAUGCGCUGGUAUCAACGCUGCUGCCAAACCUGCAGAGACUUUUAUACCAACAAAAUGCCACCCAAGAGUUAAUGACCACAGCACUCGUACAGAUAGAGGUUUAUUUUUGCCUUUUAAAUUUGUACUGUCAAGAAUAAUAUGUUAUUGUUAUUAUUAUUAUUAAUAUUCUUAUAAAAAAAGUUAAGUGAAAAUUAAAUCAGCCUGAAACUAGUGAAACAACUAAAGAGGUGCACACAAGAUAUUUUCAAGCAGAAUUUUUGUCCCGAAAUAUAUUCUACACAAUUAUGUGAACAUAAAUGCCUCUAGCAACCCUAUUUUUUGUGCAUUAUUCAGUGUAUGACUGUAAAACGUAAUGCUAGUAUGCAUUGCAUUCUCAGCAUUGCCACAAGUGGGCACUAUAGCUGUGUAAGCAUAAACUGUCUUUUUCUACACUCGGGUGAAUUCACUAAGUAUGAAUUGCUUGUAAUGCUCUGUCUGCUCUGAUUUAAUGCCCCAUUCAAUAAGGAAAAUAUGCAGAUCAGGCAAUGGCGCAAACUGAGGAUUCAGCAGAUCACCACAAUCUGGCACACUCUGCGAGACACCAUCAAUCUACUACUAUGAUCCAGAUACCUGAAUCAUCUCUUUAACAUGCUGAAAGUGUGCUUAACUACACCACACAUCUGAAUAUAUGCCAGACUAUAAUGCUCUUCUACAUCAUUUGAACAUUAUUUGACGAAUUACUACUUCAUUCAUCGAUAGAAAAUUUACAAAAAGAUCCCUUUUGUUAUAAAAUUCAUUUUACCGCCUGCUUUCAUCUGGUGGUAAUAACACAGUGUAAAUUACGCCAGGCAAUGUUUUGUGAAUGAAGCGCAAUCUAAAAUAAUUUACAUUGAAAGGAGGCGUGUUUACACAGAAAGGAAUGACAAUGACUUGAUUUAAAUACUGAGGUGCUAUUUCAGCUCUGAUUGUGUCUGCUUUAACUAGAUUAUGGGGAUAAGACAGCUUUUGGUGCUGAAAUACCACGCAAAAGUGGCCCCUCGGUUUUCUUUUUCAGGUCAACUACUGUCAUGGUGGAGGAACUAUUGUUAGAGAAUCUUGCUGAGAAAAAUUAGUUAAAUUAAGGUAACUCUAUGGCCCCUUAAGCACUGAGGAUUGUUACCACCACAGAACAUACAGGACUGCACGCUAAAAAUGUGCUGGCCAAGAAUUUGCAUGUGUUUGCGUACUUGUGUAAAGUAUGUUUCUGGCCUUAAAGCUUGUUUUAACUUGAAAAGACUGCAUGUAUUGUCAUGAUUUGCUGUAAACCAAACUUGAUCCUGGACUUCUUCAGCAUACUGGCCUGCCUUUUGCACUGUGGGUUAAGCUGAAAUGAAUCUUCUUUUUAUUUUUUAUUUUUUAUUUUUUGUAUUUUUUUUUUUAAGAUAACCAACUGGGGUUGAUUUAUUAUUUUUAUUUUUUUAAGGCCACUGGUUGGCUAAAAACCCAUUGGUGUUGCAACAACAGCUUUUUCUAAUUUUCUGACCAUGAUCCACAGUAUGUGCUUUGUAUAUUAUUGCUUUUAUUUUAUAGUUAGUAUUGUAGUAACUAGUGUUGUUAUAUAGACUCUAGUCUAAAACCUAAUGAGCUGCCUACAUGUACAUCAGCCAUCCAAGGUAGUGUUAUAUGAAGGGUUUGAAAUUAACACCUGCUAAAUGCAGGUAAAAAUCACCUUCACCCUUACUAGUCACACGUCAGGUGGGUGACGUUUUCCGGAUUUUUCCUGCAUUGAAAAUCUGUGGAUGUUGGGUGACUUGGGCUGCUGCCAAAGCAAAUAUAAUUGUAUUUGUCUUGCGAACCUUCGCAGCGCACAUCAGCGUGCUCCAGAGAUAAGAUCACUGGAGCUUUGGGACAGAGCAGAGCAAAACUUGUGUCAGGCUUUGAUAUUGCGGCGGCCGGCGGAGACCAUAAAAAAAUAAUGACAAUAAUAAGACUAUCUAUGUUAACCUAACCACAGUAAUGAGGAACCCUCCUUGGUCUUACCUGUGGUUAUUGCCUUAUUAUUACAAAUGCUAUUGUUAAACAAUGGUAGAACAUUGGUAAAUGUUCAUACUAGCAAGUACAACUUAGAAUUAAGGUGUUUAAACAUCUGUGGAUAAAGUUAUCCUCCUCUUCUACCCUACUCCUGUUCUAACUGCCUAUGUUUGCCUUUAGAUAUUCUAAAGGUGACUUAAAUCAUUAGGCUUGUGUCCUUUCUCGUACAAACAAUUGUCCAAACAAAUGCACACAGUUACAGUCUCCAGAUAACCUUAUCAGUUGUUGUGGUGCAGGGGAUUUUGGCUAGUGAAAAUACUGAGUGGCUAGUGACCUCGGAACACUACUAGCCACAGUGGCAGGUGAACCAAAAAGUUAAUUUCAAACCCUGAUUAUAUGGGAUCGCCUUCCUGGCAAAGAAUCCAGUACAUGUGAUGCUGCCCUGGAAUUGACCAAAAGAAGGCAUCUUCUUAAGUAUCUUUAAGUAUCUUAAAAGGCAGCAUAAUAAUAUCUAAGUGAGGGUGAGCCUUGGCAUCCUAUGAUGCCUUAAAAUGCUGUCUAUGUAGGCAGCUCAAUAGGUUUUGGAACAGAGCCAUAAUGACAAUUAAUAUAACUGGUGUUAUUUAAUUAAAAAAGAGCCAAUAUUAUAACAACUGAGGGUAAUCAGUGGAUCCUUUAAAGAAGACACAGUAUGUGGCCACUAUCUUUUUCUCAUGGUGCUGUAAACACUGGCCCUUAUUCUGGUUAUAAUCACAUUAUUAAUCACAAUUUCUAUAUACUUUAGAUGUCUGUUGUCGUGAUGUUUUACACACAUUUUUAAUAGAGCACAGUACAUGAUCUCUUUGUUGUGUUGAGAGAAAAAGAGAGAUUUCAUUGUCUUUUGUGGAUCCAUUUUUGAGUUUUCAGAUUAGUUACAGCAUGCCUUGUAAUGUUGUAUCAUUAAAUGUUAAAGGUACACUUUUUGUUUGUGUCAUCUUGGACUUACAGUGACACCUAGUGGUUUGGAUGAUGCAUCAAUCAAAAUCAAUAGUUUUCAGUUGCAGGUGCCAUUGUAGAAAUUCACUAUUCACAAUCAGCCAUGAUUAAUUUAAUCCAAGAGUGAAAGUGUCCAAUAAAAAGAUGGCUACUGAGAUUAAGCGAGUAGUAUUCAGCUGGUCAUGCGAUUCUAAAAUGGCAACCCCCAUGAGGGCACCCCUCCCCCAUGUAGAAUAAAACAGCUUUUAUUAGGUUACUGAUAUGACUAGAGUCCUCAUCUCAUCUUCAAAAUUACAAUUAAUUUAUUUUGGAGUAAAACUUUUUUUAAUGGGAAAAAAAUUACUGAAUGCACCUUUAAAUGAUUAGUUCACCCAAUAAUUAGAAGUCUGUCAUCAUUGUCACUCUCUUGUUUUUCCAAACCAGUAUGGCUUUCUUUGAAGAAAUGUAAGGUUUAUGCUGAUC